CGGGAAGGCAUCGAUUUCCACCGAGUAUCUCUGUCCUAUUGAGAUGCUGCACAACCCAUUUUCUGCCCCUUUGGCAACGCCUGCAGCGAGGCCAGCGCUCCAGCUUACUGGAUUGCAGUAUCUCGACCACCGAAGCUCAUCUGGUGAAGGCUUCUCAGAUUCACGAACACACGGUUAUCAAGGACCUUCACGCUUUGUCACCUUACACAAUGCAAGCUCUCCAGGAGGGUCUGCUAUUUCUAGAAGCCCAGACGGCGAACGCUGUGUCGUAGCAGGAAAGGACUCUCUCAGGAUACUCCGGGUAUCCGAUGGGUCUGAGAGGCCUGCAUCGGAACACAGGUAUGCUAUCGGCAAUGGCGGCUUCAGGAUCGACAUAUCCAAGAACUUCUGGUCCGGAAGUGGAUUGAAGGUCGAUAGUGCGAUGACAGACGUUGUCUGGUGUCACAAAGCACUUGACACUAAGAUCUUGACAAGCGCCCGAAACGGUGAAAUAUUCCUGUGGGAUUUGCAUAAACCCGGGUCGCUGAAGUAUGAGUUACGAAAGAAAGGCCAUGCGCGGUCAAUCAACAAAUUAUCAUAUUCUAGCUCAUUACCUCACUAUUGCAGCUCCGGAUCGGCGGACGGAAAUUUACGUGUCUGGGACUUGAGGGCUUUAUCGAAGGAGUUGUUCUACAUUCAUCAUUCUUUUGCAAUUCGCACAGUUAUAUUCUCGCCUUCCGGAUUUGAAACGUUUAAUGCCAUUACGGGUCUCGAAGAUGGGUCGAUGUGUCGGUGGGAUUUGAGAAUGGGACAAAAAGGUCUUCUCGAAAGAGUUCCUGUUGCCCACUCAGGGGCUAUUUUGUCACUUGACUGGCGCGAAACGGGCAUCAGCGGAGGGUGGCUUGCUACCGCUGGACUGGACCGAACGGUCAAGGUAUGGGACUUCAGCGAUGGUCAAGUACAGUUAUCUCGGAAGCCCGCAUACGUGUUACACACUUCCUAUCCUGUACGCCGAGUGACGUGGCGACCGGGUUACGAAACCGAACUUGCCAUUGCUUCGUACAAUGAGUCUGCGUAUGAUCCAACUUCGAAGUCUACGCCUUCCUCUUCCGUAAAUAUUCCCUCUGUCAUCAGCAACUUAAGUAGCGAUGCUGUACAAGGACAGAACAGCCUCGGCGGGAGUAGAAAAGAUGUUCAACAAAUUUUAGGAACGGCCGAGAUAAGAAGCGCUAGGGAAGGCGCAACCGAGAGAUCCGGGGAUUUGAUUGAAAUUUGGGACGUGCGAAGACCAUGGCUUGCUAAAUGGACUGUCGACGGAAGCAACUGCGAAGGCGGUGUAUCAGAUAUGACUUUCACGGACUCGCACGCUUUAUGGGUGCAACACCCUUCCGGCGCGUUCUCUCAAAUGGACUUGCGUUUCUGUGACAAGCCCAUCGAUUCUGUUCCUCGUUCAGCCUUGACAUGGACACCUACUGGGUCCUUAACGUUCGUUUGUGAGAAUGUAGAACAAUGGGAGGCACCAUAUGAUGAUAUGGCCAAAAGCGUAAGUUCUGAACCAGAAGAGAAGAUGAAUCCACAUAAGCGACUGGGUAAUCGUCCUUUUAUCUCGUCAUCCCAAACAGUUGGGACCAUUUUUGGGGUGGACGAUUCGGAAGACUGGGAAACGUUUAGCUUCCUUGCCCGGAACUACAAGGUUGAAGGCGCAGACCAGUCAACGUUAUGUGAAGUGAAUGCCAAUACAGCAUUUGAGGCAGGAAGUUAUGAAACCGGUAGGAUAUGGCUCUUGCUUCGUUCAUUGGUUGCGGACAUCGGUAUUCCGAGCUCGACUUCGCCACCCUUGUCUCGCAGGAACUCUACACCUGCUCUCCCACACUCUACUUCUGCUCCCGCUGCCGUGCCCAUGGUGAAGAGGUCACCACUUAAGGUUCCAGAGACGCGCUCAUCUUCUUCUGAUCCUCCAAACCCAAUACGCAAGAUAGCCGAGAAGCGUUCUGGUGGGCUACCUUCCGUUUCUAUGGCUUCGACAUCGUCCGCCUGUGCUCCUGUGUCUCCUUUACUCUCGCAAAGUGUUGCCGGACAUGAGAACGGGAAACAGCCGUUAUUGAAUGAUGAGCACAACAAACUUAGGAGAAAGAGUAUGAACGUUAGCACUCUCGGCCGACCACGGAGGCUUUCCUUACGGCGUAGUACUUCAAUGAAAGCUGUGCAUAGCGAAGAUCAGCAGCUCCCCAGCAAAUCCCGGACGGCACGCCGUGUUGGUGAAGGUGCUUUAGACGACUCAGACCCGUCUGAGGAGGAGGAUGUUACUCUGACUCGUGAACGUCGUUUCAGUAUGAUGAAAGAGAGGACAAGUGUUGAGAGUAUAGCUUCUACGGCCGGCGGAUCGCUCAGGACUUUGCAGGCUCAGACUCACGUUGUAUCGAGUCCUGGAUUGGCUGAGGAUAAUGAAUGGGCCGAAGACGAGAGAGAAGAUUCUGCUUCGCCUGCCUCGUCUUCCGAAUUUGAGUCCGACAAUUCGGUUGCAUCGACGACUGCCGCGCGGUCGAGCUCAUUGAAGCGAUCUGCGAGGAGUAGAAGUUCGACGCUCGCCUCCAUGGCAGCGAGCUCGAUACCGAGCGUACAGACUCGCCAAGAGCUGCCGCGAACAGACUCUCACAGCAGUGUAUUGACCGUUACGGCAGGCGGUGAUAAGUCGGUCCCACAGGAACAGUCUGAACAGGUGGAAGCCGUUGCGGAUACAGUUUCUUUAGCACAAUCACAUAAAGGUCGGAUCACCCGUUCGAAAGGACUUUCUGUUGCCAAUCCAGAUGAUGAACCUUCCCACGCCGAGAAUAGUAGUCCUAUGGACGAAAGUGAGAUGCGUUAUCUAGAGUGGAAUUAUUCGGCCAUCAAGGAAGUGGAGGAUCGGUAUCGGCAAGGAGCUUGGGGUGCGCUCAGGCAGAUUGUGGAACAUCUGGCGGAAAAUGGCGACGUCCAGAUGUGCGCCAUGCUAGCUUGCAUAGCUCCGAAGGAGCUGAAAAUCUCAGCACGGAAGGCUUUGCAAUUCAUAGAAGGCUAUAUUGAGGUUCUUUCGCGGUUUCGCAUGCACGACGUUUUGGCAUAUAUUAGGAAAUAUGUACCGUCAGCUGAGAUCCGCGAAUCAACACAAGUUCAAACCACUAUCGAUACGACUUGUGCAUCAUGUCGCAGGCCCCUACUACAGCAAGCUCUAGGUCAGCCAGAUGGUAUCGAACGUGCAUGGAAGGGAUUCAGUCAGUGCUUCGAGUGCAAAAGAGCAACGAUCAUGUGCACGAUUUGUCAUCUUCCGGUCCGCUCAAGCUUAUUCGUUUGUGCCGUAUGCUCGCACGGUGGACAUAGGGAUUGUUAUCAUAGAUAUUAUAUGCGACGGCCAUUGGUUGAGUUAUCGACGCAUGAAAAUCGUGGACGACGACCCGCGCGGCCUCGCCCUGGCGCUGCGUCGGAAGGAAGCAAUUCUACGUCGCCAAGUAUCGGAGGUAGCGGGUCCUUGUACGAUCAAGCUAUGAGCAAAGUCAUGGGACAUCCUUGUGCUGCGGGUUGCGGACAUUUCUGCUGGACCGUGAAAGAAAGCAUGCCCUGAGCGUGAAACUCUUCCACAUACGUGUCCAUGCCUAUAUGUGAUUCCUAAUUACUUAUCAUUAUUAGUUUGCUUAUAUCUUAGACUUCUUUAUCUUGCUAUGUUUUCUAAUGUUCUGUGUAUAGACGUGUACUAUUUUCUUAUACUUCUGUACUUACUUUCU